CAUUAUUGAAGUCUUGGGGUCAGAUUUUAGUUUGUAACUUUUUUUUAAUUUAUCGUUUCUCUUUCUUUACCUUGACCUUUUUUGGGUUCACUUUUUCAGCAAUCUCUCCUUUUAUAUUCCUUAACCCACACCUCCGUUUUCUCUCCAUUGCUUUAACUGCAACUCCCCCAUCUCUUAUAUAUAUAUUCUCUCUCGAAGGUCAGCUGACUGCUGAAGAUGUCAACUAAAGUGAGUCAGAAAACGGGAAACAAGGCAACUGGUAGUACUAUCAUACACAAGUCUAAUACCAGUGCUGCAGGGAAUAAAGGGGUUCCGAGGUCCCGGAGUUACGGUUUCAUGCGAUGUAAAACAUCGAAAUUUUCACCGGUAAGGUUUCUGAAGCAUCUUGGUGGUAAAUUAGCCAGAGGUUUACAUGUUGUGUCCAUGAAAAUCAGGCCAUCUCCUAAGGUUUCUUCUUCAUCUGGAAGAUCAAAGCCAUUUGUAACACCUGUUGAUUCUCAUAGAACUGCUGCCAUCGAGGACUGCAUCGAGUUUAUCAACUCUUCUGCUUCUUUGCCUCGAUCAAAUUCCGUUUCUGCUAAUCCUCAUUGUCUUUCUCUUUAGAUAAUGAAUGUAAAUCAUUCCAUAUAUAUUUAAUUUAACUGUGAAAAAGAUAAAUAGAGCAUCGGUUUUGUUUGUUUUAAGUAUUUUGAGGUGUUUUCGUUUUAUAAAUUUAUGGUGAAGACUCUUAGACAAAAUUUUAAUUUAAAAUAAACCUGAUUUGUUGAGAGCUGGGCA